CAUCUCUCACCUAUAACGAUGCCUAAGAGCUUCUCCAACGGGGCCUUUUAUCAAACCUCUUAUGUUAAAAUUGGGCAAAAAAUAAAUCAAAAAACACAGAAAAGAAUAAAAGGCAAUUCUAAUUUCGGAUCAAAAAGAGGCAGCUCUUAUUGAUACGGGUCAGCUUCUUGUUCGAUGAUGUUUUAAUACUUAAAAAAAAAAUUAUAUCAACUCAUUUUUCUUCCUUUUUCUCUCUCUAUGUCCCGAUAAUAUCUCUGUGAGAUCGACCAUCAGAACGAUAAUCGGAGGAGAUGUAUGGUUAUCUGAGGUGAUCAGACGUUUUAACAUCAUCUCCACCGUCGCCGAGUUUCAACGUCGACUGUGGUCAGCGAAUCGGCCAGUCGAUUCAUGGAAAACGACGAGUCUCCUUCACCAAAUCGAGGCUUAUACAAUUGUCUUUGUCAUGGUUAGUGUUUCUCCAGGGAACACUAUCCAAAUCGAGAAAAAAGAAUGGUUAAUCCAGAGACUAAUCGUAAUCUCGUUGCCAAACAUAUUAUAGAGUUCAUCUUGAAGAUGAUGAUGAUGAUACGAGAAGCAGAAAAGUCGGAAUAGAGAUGAAGAGACAGAACAGGAGAGGAGCUUUGAGUGUGAUUAACCAGAAUCUCGUUGGUUCAAAAGCUUAUCCUUGCGUUGUUAACAAGAGAAGAGGUUUAUCUCACUACAUUAACUUAUGUGCAGACCUGAUUUUGUUUUUGGCUGAGUAAAGAGAGAAGAUCUGAGAUUGUUUUUGAAUAUGUGCAGACCUCAAGAAGAGACAAAGAAGCUUGAGAUCUUGGCGUCGUUCUUGAUCGAGCUUGCCCUUGUGGACUACGAAAUGCUUCAGUAUUCACCAUCCUUGCUAGCCGCCACUGCAGUGUACACAGCUCAAUCUACAAUCCAUGGCUUCAGUGAAUGGAACAACACUUGUGAAUUCCACAGUCACUACUCAGAACAUCAGCUCCUAGAAUGUUGUAGAAGAAUGGUUAGGCUGCAUCAGAAAGCUGCAACGGAUAAACUAACAGGAGUACAUAGGAAAUACAGCUCCUCCAAAUUCGGAUACAUAACAACAAAGUAUGAAGCUGCACUCUUUCUUGUGUCAGAUUCUCACUAAAGAGUAGAAUUAUGUUUUACUUAAAAUAAUUUCAUUUCAUAAAUAAUAUUUUUUUUCAAAAUUAAGAAUCCAAUAAGAGCUUCACCAUUGGAGUAGCAAAAUUUUAAUUA